CCGCCGAAGAAGAAGGAGCAGAAAGAGAAAAAAGUUCCCCAUUUAAACUAAAGUAGAAACAAAGUAAGAUUAGCUAGUUAGCUAGCUACUUAUUCACUCACACAAUCACCAUUUUCUAUUCAUUCAUUCAUUCUAUGAUCAUCAUCCCAACUAGCUAAUUGAUUUCAGUUUACCUUUCAAACCCUAAAUAGUUAGAUAUCAGAUCCAAUGGAUUUCAACUCUUUCUCCACCACUUCUCUCUCUUCUUCUUCUUCUUCUUCUCCAUCAUCAUCAUCCACUACUAUUCUUCAGAAGGAGCACAUGUUCGACAAGGUAGUCACUCCUAGCGACGUCGGAAAGCUUAAUCGCCUUGUCAUCCCCAAGCAGCACGCUCAGAAAUACUUCCCACUCGAGAGGACUUUGACGAAGACCACAGAGACAUGGAACGUAGUCGUCGACAAUUCAACAACAACAACAACAACGGAGAAAGGCCUUCUACUCAACUUCGAGGAGGAUCGGACAGCUGGAAAGAUAUGGCGUUUUCGCUAUUCUUACUGGAGCAGCAGUCAGAGCUAUGUCAUAACUAAAGGAUGGAGUCGCUUCGUCAAGGACAAGAAACUCAACUCCGGUGAUGUUAUCUCCUUCCACCGUGCCAAGGACCGUCUCUUCAUCGACUGGCGCUAUCAGAUCCAUCAUCAACAUCAGCAUCAUCAUCUCUACUUCAAUCAACAACAACAACAACAACAACGCUAUUGGACUGCACCAGGGCCACUCUUUUCCCCAAAUCUCUACUACUUCAAUCAGCCUUUCAAUAUUACGUCUACGGACCACUACUCGAUGUCAGGUCGUCCACCUCUAAUUGUCGGUGGCUAUAGCGGAGGAGCUUAUGAUCAAGGGAUGGACAUGAGAUCUGCAGCGCAGCAGCAGCAACAUCCACAAAUGUUGAUGAGUACAACUAUAGAUAAUAAUGAUGUUGAUGAAGAAGCAGAUGAAGUAUCACCAUCAAUACAUGAGUUGUUCGACUCAUCACCAUCAUCAUCAACACCGGUCAAUAAAGCCGGAGAAAUGAAGCAGCUGAGGUUAUUUGGGGUUAACAUGAAAUGCCCACUACCUGAUGAUGAUGGAUGAACAAGAAGGAGCAAGAAAUUAAUGUGAAUGUCUCCAACUUUGUAAGAACAACUUUAAAUUUUGUCUGGUAAGUAGUACUGUACGUACGAUAGAUCCAUCGAUCGAGGGAUAUUGUAAUUAAUAAGGAGAUAUGCUAGCUAUAGCUAGCUAGCUGUUGAUCA